CCUUUCCUCCCUCCACCCCCACCGUCACCGCCAGCCUCCCAGCUGCGUCCGCCGCUGUCCUGUCUGACCGCCCCGGUGUCUGCUCCGCGCUCUGCCCCGCUCCGCUCCCAAUCCCCGGACCCCUGAAGCCUCUGCCUCCUCGUUCACCAUCCCGACUCCCGGACAUCCCUCCCUCUUUCCACCCGGUGAAUGCACCAGCAACCGUAAAACAUGACGGGCAUCGCCGCCGCUUCUUUCUUCUCUAAUUCCUGCAGGUUCGGGGGCUGCGGUCAGCAGUUCGAGUCACUCGCCGAGCUCAUCGUCCACAUCGAGGACAAUCACAUCGACACAGAUCCGCGCGUUCUGGAGAAGCAGGAGCAACAGCAGCCCACCUACCUGGCCCUAAGCUACAUCAACAGGUUCAUGACUGACGCAGCACGACGCGAGCAGGAGACAAUGAAGAAGAAGGCCACGCCCAAGCUGUCCCUGUCAAUCACAGGCGGCAUGUCCAGGAACAGCACGGCCACGCCGCCGCGCCACACCAGCGGCAACCUGACACCUCCCGUCACGCCCCCCAUCACCCCUUCGUCCUCAUUCCGCAGCAGCACGCCUACAGGCAGCGAGUAUGACGAGGAGGAGGUAGACUACGAGGAGUCGGACAGCGACGAGUCGUGGACCACAGAAAGCGCCAUCAGCUCCGAGUCCAUCCUGAGCUCCAUGUGCAUGAACGGGGGGGAGGAGAAGCCGUUCGCCUGCCCCGUCCCAGGGUGUAAGAAAAGAUACAAGAAUGUGAACGGCAUCAAAUACCACGCCAAGAAUGGCCACCGCACGCAGAUCCGCGUGAGGAAACCCUUCAAGUGUCGCUGUGGCAAGAGCUACAAGACCUCGCAGGGCCUGAGACACCACACCAUCAACUUCCACCCGCCCGUCUCCACUGAGAUCCUCCGCAAGAUUCAAGGCUAGAGCCAUGCGCUCCCACCAGUCAACUACCCCAAAACAUAUGCCCUGUCCUGAUUCUCCUACCCAUCCCAAACACUAAAGGAUUAAGUGCAUGCUUUAAGUUGGUUUUUUUUGGUCACUUUUUUUAUUUUCUAUCCGUCUUUGCAUUAUUCUUUUGUCCUAUCCACGUAUUAUCCCUUGUAUUCUUUGGAGGAAAAAAAAAACAAUGUAUCUUCGUAGUAUUUUUAUUGAUGUACAUUUGCACAUUCGUAUAUGCUAUCAUUUUUUAUUAUUUUUUUUCUAACUGUUUUACUUCCAUAAGGUGCUAACUGUAAAAAACAACAGAAAGAAAAGACAAAAAAACAAACGAUACGAAAGAAAAGUGGAGACCCUUAAAGAAAAAAAGGAGUGAAAAAGGAAGCAGGAGCGACUCUUGACUUCCCUCCAUCCACCCACCCAUCCACGCGCUCGUCUCAGAGCAGGAAGGAGUUGGGUUCUAGCGCCGAUGCGGGCCGGGUUGUUUUCGAGUUUAGGUCUGUGCCUUCACAGCUACUUCUGGGAGUUUAAGAGCAAGAGUUAAGUUAUACUCAAAACAGAUAUAUUGAUAUAUAAACAACAGACAAAUAUGUAUGUGUACAUAAAAAAAUAUCUAAAAGUAUUCAUGAGCAUAUUCAUAUUCAUAAAUAGUUACCUUAUUUUUAAGCUUUAUUUUAUAUAUAUAUUUUUUUGCCAGUGUUUUAGAUGUAGUGUUUUUCUGUGUAUCUGUAAGUGGCCGUACUUACAGCACCUUUACAUUCACCGACAGCCCUGGUAAGGAUGGGUAAAUAAGCCUUUUUUUGUUUUGUUUUUUUUGUGCAGCUGCAUAAUCUCUCAGAAAACUGUAGAAACCUUUAAUCCGUGUAGUUAUUUAGUGGGAAAAAAUCUCAUAUUGAGAUAUAUUACACGUAUAAUUUACAAAAUCACCCAUGCUGCACCCACUGGGACCCAUGCUGUUAUUACUUUGCAUACCCCGCUUCUUCUGUAACGUUUCACUUUUUCUUUUCCCCAUGUUUUGGGUCAUUCUCCUGUUGAAGGACCCAUUUGCAGUUUUUCUGGCAGUCAAGCAGGUAUUUAUGAUGCCAUGCACUACAGCAAGGUUCCCAUAAUCGUUUUAUUCGCACCAGGCCCGUCUAUAGAGUUUUUUUGGUGUUGAGGAGCUCAGUCUUACUCUCAUCUGACCAUCGUACACAGUUCCACACCCAGUGGCAAAUUAGCGGGCAUGAAGUCAGCUUCUAAUGGUUUUUAUGGAGACUUGAAGAGAUUUUCACAUACCCGCCUUAAAUGGCAUGUUCUCUCGUUUUUCCCAUUUUGAAGAGUAGCUAAGCGCGCCAUCACUUUUACACCCCAGGAAAUCAUGGAUAUUAUGGCAUCAGAGGUUUUCGUUAGAAGCAGUUAUUUUCUUUUUUUUUUUUUUGGAGGUUUUUUUUUUGCCGCCCCUCCGAAUAAAUUUACUCAAAGGGUGGAUUUUUCUCAAACUUUCAGUCGAGAUUGUGCUGCGGCAUUAAAAGCUGAAUUUAUUUGAAGGCUUUUGACAUUUCAUUAUCAGGGGCACCGAUCUACGUGUGCUGUAGUUGAUGACGUUUCGUUUUGUGGUUAAAAACGGCUGCAUGAUAUCAAGAUUUUGAGCCAACGCUUGUCUUCUUUUCUGUUUCACACAUUCUGAGACAUUAUUUUAGCGUCGGAUCAGGAAGAGACCACGGCCCAGGCCGAUGUUUUAGGAGUUUUGAUCGCCUCGUAGAGCCAUCUAGCAUUUCCUUCGUUCAUAGUGCCAGAGCUGUGCUCCACUCACUCAGCCUUGAAAGCAGGCCAAGCAUCAUAAUGUAUUCCAGUUGCCAAGAUCUUUGGUUUUUUUUUUUUGUGUUUUGUUGUUUCCAUGAUCGUUGCCAACAGCUCUCUACUGCCAAACAUUGACCAUACCAUGUGCCUGAAGGGGGGGAGGGGGGAGGGGUGUCAUAACGGUGUUACGGUGGAGGUCACCAAACGUGUGGCAACAAUUUUCUUUCUCAUCGCGCCUCCAAAGUGUGCAUGGAUGAAUGUCUUCAUGCAUGCUUUCAGAAGAGGAGGUUGCAUAUGUAUUUAAGAGAUUAUCAUCUGCAACUUGUUGUCUGUGUGUGUUGUAGAGAGCAGCAUUCCAGUGCAUCGUAUGUGUGUGUAUUUUUCAGCAGUAUCUUCAUCAGCAUAGAGUAUUACUGUACGUGUGUGUUUCACGGUUCUGUGCCAGGCUGCCGGAUCGACUCCUUGGGGACCGGAUUGUCACGUUCUCCCUUAUGACCGGGAUUUCAUGAUCAAUUACCAGAGUUGAGCAAUGCAGUCCCAACAUAAUUCCUCUCAUACAGACUUGAUAUUCCGCCAAAGGCUCAAGAGUUUGAGCCGUUUCUCUUCUGCUUGACGGAUCCCUCCGACAUCCACUCCUGUCUGCAGAUCCUGCAACAGGAUACACCACCCACCUAUACUAACUAACUGAACUGAAGUACUGUCACUUGGUGGGCUGCCUGGGCGACGAAGCACAAGUCUGCGACGACAAACAGGAGGAAGAGAAGCAGCGGCUGUGUGCAGAUUGGGAGGAGGAGGGAGGGUGCGUCGGUAUACCAUGUACAGUGAAUGUAAUGUAACAUGUCUCUGUUGUCAAGUGCUUUUAAAUUAUAUUUUCGUAUGUAACGUGGAGACCAAUGUUUCCCUUUUGUAUGGGAGGUUUCAACAUGUUCUGAGGAAGAGUGAGUCGAUGUCAAACUGUUUCAAUAUAAAAAAAAUAAAACAAACUGCUUCAAUGUAAAUGACUCAAAAAAAAAAAAAAACUGCAAAAUAAAGUGAAAACUCCCACA